AUGUCUCGCGCAUCAAAAUUCACACUGGCAGCCACCGGCCUCGGCACAAUGGGUAUUGUGUGGUUUGUCCACUGGGCACAAGAGGCGGACAGAGCGGCUAUGCACAGAGGUGUCGAACGCGAUAUGGAAAAGCAGCGUAUCCGACUAGAACGCCAGGCCGAAUUCGAAAUGCAAAAGGCCCUCGAGCAGGAGUAUCUCAAGCUCCAGACAGUACACAGCACCACAGACGACUCAAAUCCUGCCAGCCAGAGUACAAAUCCGCAAUCAUAA